AUACUCUUAUCUAGUUUGACAGUUAAGGAUUGCGCCACUUUUGAUUGACGGUAGACGAGUACGACGCAACUCAAAGAAAUGCUCCUCAAACAAUUCCAUUACUUCCUCUCUUCCUCCUCUAUACUUCCCUUCUUCAAAUCCCCAACCGAUGCCAAUUCGAUCUCAGUGUUCCGUUCUCCAAAUCCCACUAGACGAUCGUUAACAGUGAGAGCAAGUCUCAUCACUAACUCAGAGUCCUUCGAGGUCGGACGCCUCAUUGGAAGCUAUGGCUUCAUGAAUAUCACCAGCUAUUCAGGGUUUCAAUCCGGGCAAGAUGUUGAAUAUUCUUCUGGAGAUUUAGGGCAAUUGAGAGUUCAAGAUGUAGGAGAAGGGAGUGUAAAGAUCAGGCUUUAUGAAGGAAGAGUAUCUCAGGGUUCUCGUAAAGGAACUCCUCUUAUUUUUAAGGUGUAUCCUGGAAAGCGGGCUGGUGGUGUUGAAGCUGAUAUGAUGGCUGCAAAUGAGCUAAAUGCUCACGCAUUUCUCCAAAGCAGUUCGAAGGAUAUCUGCUCGAAUCUUGCCCUACUUGUUGGUGGAUUUGAAACAAACACUGGGGAGCAGUGGCUAGCAUUCCGUGAUGAUGGGAAAUAUAGCGCUGCAGACUACGGAAAAAUAAUGAGUGAAAGGAUUUCCAAAAGGAUAGAACAAAUCUCAUGGAACCCUUAUGAACAAGAACAGUUGAUCAAGCGCAGGAGAAAUUUUGUGAUCAGGAUGUUUCAGGGCAUAAUGAGAGGUCUUGUGUAUAUGCACGACCAUAACAGAUUACACCAAAGUCUUGGACCAUCUUCUGUAGUACUCAAUACAAUUGUUGAGAAAGAUGCUGCUUACUUAAUCCCACGACUUCGAGAUCUAGCUUUUUCUGUGGAUGUGAGAUAUCCGUUUCCAGAAGACAGCCUUGGACAGCUCGCUGAGGGGCUAUGGAGACGGGCAACAGUUGCUGGAGCCUACACUCCAAUGGAGAAAAGAGCAUUUGGAAUAGCAGAUGACAUAUAUGGAGCUGGUCUCCUUUUUGCGUAUUUGGCUUUUGUACCCUUUUGUGAAGCUGGAGUUGUUGAUAGCCUCUCCUUGCAAAGGCUUUUGGAGAGCACUUUUAGACUUGAUCUUGAGGCUACAAGAGAAUAUUGUUUAGCGGAUGAUCGAUUCGUUGAAGCGGUCAAGUUUCUCGAUCUCAAUGAUCGUGCUGGUUGGCAGUUACUUCAGGCAAUGUUGAAUCCAGAUUUUCGACAACGCCCCCUUGCUGAGGCAGUACUCAACCAUCGGUUUUUGACGACAACGAUUAUAUGAUUCAGUCAUGAACCAGAUUUGGCUAAAUGUCUACUAGUUUUUAUUUUGCAAGGGUGAUCAAAUCAUCUCGAGUCUCUCUCUCUUUUGCUAUUUCUGUUUAUUCUUUGGCACGAUAGCAAUGUUUCCAUCUAUAGAAGAUUCAAGUCAUUUUAGAUUUCACAUCUGAAGCAUGCUUUAUAUGGAGUGGAACAUGAAUAACAUCCAAAAUAGAGGUCGGGUAGAGGGAACUCCUCCCAAAAACUACACCUAAA